UACUCGCACGCAUCGAGCUAGCUGCGGCAACACGGUGUGUGCCCCCCCAGCGGAUCGCUUCUAGUGGUUGUUUAUCCUCCUUUUAAUCGUGAGUUGGUCCGGGAGACCUGCAUAUAUCUGACGCUUCUUCCCCUGGUCCAUGGUGUGACAUUUAUCAGACAUCGGAGGAGAGACGGUGAAAGAUGACACAGUUUCUCCCCCCGAAUCUGCUGGCCCUCUUUGCUCCGCGGGACCCCAUACCGUUCCUGCCUCAGCUGGAAAAGCUGCCCCAUGAGAAGCAUCAUAACCAGCCUUACAGUGGCAUCGCUCCGUUCAUCAGGCACUUCGAGGAUCCCAGAGAUGCCCCCCCACCAACAAGGGCAGAGACCCGUGAGGAGCGGCUGGAGAGGAAGAGGCGAGAGAAGAUAGAGAGGAGACAAGCAGUGGUGGAAACAGAACUCAAGCUAUGGGACCCCCAUAAUGACCCCAAUGCACAGGGGGAUGCCUUCAAGACUUUGUUUGUUGCCCGAGUGAACUAUGAUACCACAGAGUCCAAGCUCCGCCGUGAGUUUGAGGUCUAUGGCCCCAUCAAACGGAUCUACAUCGUCUACAACAAGAGGACAGGGAAGCCUCGGGGCUACGCCUUCAUUGAGUAUGAGCAUGAACGGGACAUGCACUCCGCCUACAAACACGCAGAUGGGAAGAAGAUCGACGGCAGACGGGUGCUGGUGGACGUGGAACGAGGACGCACGGUCAAAGGAUGGCACCCUCGCAGGCUGGGUGGUGGACUGGGUGGUACGAGGAGAGGUGGAGCCGAUGUCAACAUCAAGCACUCUGGGCGAGAUGAUGCGUCGCGUUACGACGAUCGGCCUCUAGGCGGUGAUCGGGAUCGUGGGGAACGGAGGGAGCGCAGCCGGGAGCGUGAUCGGGACAAGGACAGAGAGCGUCGGAGGUCCCGAUCCCGUGAACGCCGUCGACGCACCCGUUCCCGGGAGCGAGAGAGGGAGAGAGAGAGGCAGAUUGGAGGAGGAGAGGAUGGCGGCGGCGGCGGUGGCGUUGGUGGCGGCGGAGGCGGUGGCGGCGGCGGUAGUAGUCGGCGUCGAGAGCGAGAGAGGGAGCGUGGGGGGGCAGCAGGAGGAGACAGCAGGAGCAGGGAGAGGAGUCGAGACCGGAAGAGAAGGAGCAGGAGCCGGGAUCGCAAGAGGGACAGGGAGAGAGGCAAGGGGUUGGAUGGGGAGGACGUCAGCCAGGGAGACGGGGCCCCUGAGGGUGGGGAGCGGACGCUGGAGGAACAUGAAGGAGAGGUGGGGGAGGGUAUGGAGGAGCGUAGAGACAGGGACAGAGAGAGGGACAGGGACCGAAGGCGUAGCCACAGGGACAGAGACCGGCGCAGGGGAGACCGAGACAGAGACAGGGAGCACAAAAGGGAGCGGGGGGAGAGAGACAGAGGAGACCGCAGGGAAGAGCGCCAUGGGUCCCUACGAGAUGACAUGGGCCCCCAGGAUGACAUGGGCAAUGAUGAUGAGGGGGGAGCUCCGCCACACAUGGAGGAGUACAGUCAGGAUGGAAUGAUGAUGGACCAGCAAUCGGUGCCAUCAGCUGACGGCUACGGCUCCAGUGAGAACGGCUACAAGAUGGAGGCUCCAGGAGAUGAGUACUGAGAUGACCCCUCCCCUCAGCAGACCCUCACUCACACCGCCUUGACCUUCUACCAAGGCACAAGUUCUGAACGAGGUCAGGGACUCCUCAGACAUCUAGCUAGAUUUCCUCCUGUUGAAAUAUUCCACUUGAUAUUGUUGCACACAGUUGAUGCAUUUAAUUGAUCUGAUCUCACUAAAAGUUGCAGCUUCCUGCGUUGCCCAACUAAUCCGUGCCACUCAAUGUUAUCAGAUUACCUUAGUGAUUUUUUUUUUUUUUUUCUCUCCCUCGGCCUGGGAUGAUGUGAACUGUAAGGAGCUCGGUUAGUCUUUUAUUUCCAUAUUCAUGAAGCAGUGACACUGUCAGUUUGUCUGGACCCAGUUUCUGCUCGAUGUCUGUGAAGUUGAAGGAAACGUGCUGUGACAGUGGAGGGCUGUUUAUUCUGUUUAUUCAUUCUGGAAGAUUUUUUUUUAUGUCUGCUGUUUGUAUGUUAGAUUUGCAGGGUCAUUUUAAUAAAGAUGUGUCUGAAAGUCUGAGCUACUCCA